AUAAACUUUCUGCGAGUAUAAAAGUAGCAACCCAGAAGCAGAAUUUAGAAUUAUAUUCUGAACCACUUAAUUCCUUCAACCUCAAAAUGAAUUCCGUAUUUAGAGUUUGCUUUAUGAUUUUCGUCAUUGCUGUUCUCAGCAUAGCUUGUAAUGCUCAGCGUAGGGAUAACAGUAUAGGCCAGGGUGGAUACAGAGGUGGAAGGAAUGGUGGUAACGGAUAUCAAAAUGGUGGAUAUGGAGGCUACAGGAACCAAGCUGGUGGGUAUGGAGGAUAUAGGGGUGGCAGAAACCAAGCUAAUCAAGGAGGAAGUCAGCCACAAAGUAGCGGUCAAAGAGCUUCUAACACCAAUUAUGGAUCAGGAAACAUAAACAACAGCCAACGAAAUCAACAAUCACAAGCUGGAAAUCAGCGAAAUCAAAAUGGCUCUAACUAAUGUAGAAGAGUUCUGGGGGUAUCAGAACUAGAUCAUGUUUAACUGCUUUAGUUUUCUGUUAAUAAAUUAUAUUAUUUUCUCAAAA